AUGGCUCGACCGACGAGAAUGAGGGAUGUGGUGGCUCAACCGAGACAGGAAUCUCGGAGAUCAGAGUCGCCAGCUGAGAUGAGAGCUCGUCACCGUCGAUUCAAGCAGAAUAAAGAGAGAAGACAGAAGAGACAGGCACCACCACCACCUCCAGGCGAAGAUCCACCCUCAGCAGAGGAUGGUGUAGAGUCAGCAACAACACCUGGGCCAACAUCCGGAGAGGACAGCGAUGACAACAAACCCUCUACAUCGCCAGCUCCGGCUCCAGCUCCAACUCCAGAUGCACAGGUAGCACCAACUUCGAUUGCGGCUCCUGCCCAGACUACGGCUGCUCUACCACCUCCUCCACCAGCUGCACCAGUUGUGCCGUUGAUCUCGUCGAUUGCACCAACACCUUCACCAGCAUCGUCAGCUCCAGGCACAGAGACAACACCAGCGCCAGUUGGCGGUCCACAAUCUUUGAUUUCGAAUGAGUCUCAAACGCUGAAAAUCAACACACCUAUCACUCACUCGUCACGGAAACCACUUUCUACGCCCGCUGCCCAAGCCCCGGAAUCAUUGGCACAGACGAUAGUUCCAUCAAAUAUUCCUGCCUCGAGUGCACCGACAUCGAGUGCACCAGUAGUGACUUCCUCGCCUUCAACGUCAGCAUUACCAAUGGUAACCUCUAGACUAUCGACGUCCAUCAUUGCCGCAUCUUCAAUAAGUGCAGGGCCAGUGCUAGUACCAAGCGCGAGUUCUACUAGCUCAGGAUUUCAAUUGGUCAUUUCUUCAUCUGCUCCCUUCUCACCGGCAAGAGAAGCAAGUACACCGACUGCGGCAGCUGAAGUCAUUUCUCCAACCGGAAACGAAAUCAUCUCCGGAACUAUAAGCACCAAAGACACCAAUGUCCGCACCGCAGGUGUUGUAGUCGGCGUUCUUCUGAGUGCUUUAGCAAUCAUCCUCAUCGCAUGGAUCGUCAUCCGAAAGAAAGCUGGACUUGGAUUCCGCAAAGGUUCAAAGAAGUCAAUCGACUGGAACCAAGAGAAAGAAGCUCCAUACACCGGUACCCGACCAGCUUCUUCCGUUGGAGAUGAGAAGAUUUGGGGAGCUGCUACUACAGCGCCACCGGGCUCGACAGCUGGGCCCGGAUCCAUAGCAGGUUGGCCCGCCUACGACACGACCCGCUCCUCAGCAGAUGCCCUCAACUCAAACCCAACAUAUCAACCACCAUCCGCAAUCCCCACACCCCUUUUCGGCGGCUCAAAACCUACUGCACUCCCAACCUACCGUCCACCACAAGCCCUCAACUCAUCCGCACCCGCCAAUCGGAACCUGUCACUCGAAGAAAUCGCACCCGUAUCCCCUUUGACUCCACCGCCUGCGUCUAAAUGGCCGAACUGGCGGAAUAGCGUCGCGACUGUUAGUAGUCUGGCGAGUGUGCCAAGAUUCAGGACGAUUAAGAGUUGGGUUGGCGAUCAGAGGAAGAGGAAUGCGAGAGGAGAUGAGGUGCCUGAUGUACCGGAUAUGCCGAGUGUGAGGAGGUAUAGUCGGUUGGAAUAG